AUGUCCGACAAAGAGUCCCAAACGCCUCGUGUGUUCUUCAUGCGACAUGGCAAACUCAUCGACCCAGCUCGCCUGUUGCAGGUUAUCGUCAGCCCAAGGUUGAGAGCGCAGCGUACUUUGAAACUCUUUCUGCCGAUAUGCGAUGCCGUCGAUCAGAGCCCAGAGGUCAUCUACACCGAGGAUAUGGCGGAGUCGAAGCAGCAGGUCACCAAGCGAGUGGACAAAGUCAUUUCACAAAUUUGUGCGAUCCAGCACCCAUACAUGAAUGGCGAAGGGCCCGCCGAUGUGCUUGUUGUCGCGCAUGGUACUAUCAUCCGUUGUCUUUGGAAACGCUGGAUCGGCAAGGACCUUGAAUACGACCUCCUUACGACCUUAGCCCCAGGGGCCACAGGUAUUCUCAGGUGCGUCGAUUUCGAAAACACCAUGAUCUUGGUAUUGUGA